AUGCAACAAUUCUCUAACUAAACACCUAUUUCUGACUAACCUCAUAUUCAGCAAUCUAAUUGUUUUUUUUAAACAUCUGAUAAACAAGACUUAAACCCAUUUCAGUAAUUAGACAUUGACCUUCCAUUCCAAAAUAUUUUUGAUCUCUCCAUAUUCGAGGCCAAUCAAUCUCAACAGGAAUAGCCAAACAAUUAAAUCAAAGAGAUGGUUAAUUCAAUGCUUGCUUCGAUCUCCAACAACGAGAAGAUCUUGGGAACUGCAUCUGCUGCCAGCAUAAAUGAUGAUCAAUUUGAUGAGUAGUUGGACGAUCUAGAAUUUAGAGAAUACCAAUACGAACUAUAUCAAAAGGCUCUUAAUAAAAAUUGUAUCCUGCACCAAGAGAAUUACAAAACUCAAGUGGCAACCUUGUUGAUGUGGAAUUAAUUGUAUAAAAAUCCAAACAAAAAAGUUGGAGUUUUGGCAACUACAAUUCAGAAGGCUGAAAACUUAGCCAAGUACAUCAAAACCAUGCUCCCGAUAUUGGUUGAAACAUAUCUAGACGAUCAAAGCACUUUGAAGAGGGCACAAGAGUAUUGUGACACUUUAUAAAUCAUACAUCCUAAUAAAUGUACAGAUUUGUGGAAUAACUUAGUUUGGCAAAUAAUGUUGAAGGAGAGCAAUAUAUAUGUGAUGACAAGUGAAAUUUUUGUGAACUCUUUAAGAAGAGGCUAUUGGAAAUUUACAGAUUUUAGUUUCGUUUAUUUGGAUGAUUGUUAAAACACUAUUUUUGACACUGCUUAUAACCAUCUCUUUCAAGAGUUUUAUUUUCCCUUAAAGUCAUCACUUUAGGUACCCAUUAUUGUUGGUGUGUAUAAUUCUAUGUAUGCAAAUAAUAAAUUUAUAGCUGAUGAAUAAAUUCUAAAAGAACUAGUACAAUUAUGUGCUAAUAUGGAUGCCCGCUUUAUAAAUAUUAAUAUUGAGGCUGUUAAAUAGAGGGUCAAAGAAAUCAAAAUAACUACCUCUACUUAUAAAUCCUAUAUUGAUGAAUAUAAAUUUCAAAAAAUGCUUGAGAGCAAUGUUCAAAAUGGGAAGCUUAAUAGCUAUCUCGUUGAUAAACUGAAGAAGCAUAACUACUUGAACAAGUUAAACGAAUUUAGAAAAUGUCUCAAAGAAUUUAAAAAUUCUUAAUAUUUUGGAAAUUUCUCUGAGGUAAUAAUAGCCCACUUCUUGGAAUAAGUUUUGCUAAAACAGGCUUUGACCUUGUGUUAUGAACUCGGUUAAUACCCAUUCUGUAUAAAUAAUUAAUUACACUUUAGAUUUGAUACUUGAAUUUAUUGCUCACAAACUAAACUUAUACAUCGACUCUAAAAAACUUUAACCUAAAUAAUUUAGGAUACAUGACACCUUGAAUAUGGAACUACAUGAUAACAUAUCACUAAAAAAUUAAAACACGUUAUCCCCUAAAGUUAAACUUCUUAACAAUUUACUCGCUUAGACUUAUGAAAAUCCAUAAACUGCUCAUAAUCGUAUUCUUAUUUAUGUAAAGUACUAACACUUAGCAUUCUACCUCCUUAAAACAUUGGAAUUUGUAUCUAAAUCCACAUCCUAAGGUAUCCUUUCAUAUUUAAAUAGAUUUAAAAAUUGGGAUGAUCGAGAAAACCAAAGAGGAAUCUGAUUAAAAAAGAGUGUAAACAGAUAUUACUAACAUUUUUUUAGAACAGUAUUAAUUGUUUUAAAAAUUUCAAAUUCAGUUCUCAAUUUCUGAAUUGAAAAACGAAUCAGAUUAGUUACAUUCGUUUUUUAAUUUAGAUUAAUUAACAUAUCAAUCUAAAAAACAUUAUGAAUUGAAUUAAUGUUAAGUAGUAAUUACAACUUAAUUGGAUGUAAACCUUGCUUUUAAUUUCUAACAAUUAAUUUGCUUUUCUCCAAUACCUCAUUCCGUUUAAGAUCAACUGAUGCGUCAAAUGAAGGAUUAACAGUUAUAAAUCAUUAAGAUGAAAGUUGAUGAAAACACAUUUAAAAAAUAAAAGAAUUAACCCAACUUUUAAUUUAACUUUUACAAUCCUCAAAAAGUUGAAAGAAUUAUAGAUGAAUGUACAAUCCCCUAAAGAGAACAUAUUUUACAAAAAGCAAUCGAUAAUUUAUGUAUUUAUCAUUGAUAUAAAGAAAGCAAGGCUAUCCAAAACAUGCAUUAUGAGUGUUAUACUAUACAAAAAAGCGGAGCUUUGCUGAAUUCAAAUUGGGCUUGUAAUUUGAUUGAAAACAUGAAUCAGUAAAUUAAUUUAGAAAAAAAUGGUAGAAAAGUCUCUAAGUAUGCUGUUUAUUAGGUAAAAAACGGAUUGCAAAAAUAGAGCGAUCAAUACAUUGCCUUUUUGUUACUCCCAAAUUAGGUUUAGAAUGUCAUUUUUUAUGGCAAAAAAGCUUAAGGUGCUAAAGAAGCAAAAGCAUCAGUGGCUUUUUAAGCUGUCCUUCAAUUAUUUUAAAAAGGAUAUUUUGAUUGCCAUCUCAAUUCCUAUAUCUAGAAUGACAUAGGAUAAAAUAUUGGAGCUGAUCAGGUGGAUCAUUCUGUAAUUAUGGUAAUAAAAUCUUAUUAAUUAAUAGACAAAAGAGCAAUUAAAUAUCCAAUCCAAAUACUGUUUAACUAUUAGAUAAAAAUAUAACUCUAUUUUAAAUGGCAUGGUUAAAGAGAUGAAAUACUAUUACACAUCUUAAAAGUCAUUGCUUGUUAACUAGUAGCAAGAACCCAUUUUUAUUAAACAAAAGUGCAAAUUUCAGAGGGAAACCAUACAAUUAAUAUAUCCUUAAUAGUUUCAAGAAAAAUUGAAAUAAUGUUAGACAUUCCUAAAAAUGCUUGAUAUCAAUUUACGGGAAGAACAGACUGUAUCCUAAGGUGAUUAUUUGGAAUUAUAUAAAAAGUAUAUAGAAUCAAUUAUAUAUGAAGAGGAUUUGAUAUCAACUUAUAACUAACAUUUUACCAGAGCAGGCUCAUGUAAAACAUCAUAUUAUUAUAGAAAUCUAAUUCAAGAUACAAUUUAAGAUUGCAGAUUAUGGGUUAAUUAUAAUAAAUGAUCCAAUUAAAUUUUAAUUAAUAAAGAAAAACUUCAUUGUUAAUUAAUUUCUCUUGGCCUUGAAAUCAAAUUUAUUUAAAAAAGUUAUUGAACCAAAAUUAAUGAUUAAGUAAGACUUAGAAGAAGCAAAUUAAUACAACGCCACUCCCAAUUAUAUAUUAAACAAUUUAAAUCAAUUUUACAAUCACAUAACUCCUGUAGUAUUAAAUGUAAAAGGAUAAAAUUAAGAACCAAAACUCAUUUUAAGGAAAAAACGAUAAGAGAAAAUCACAAAUAAUGGAUUAGUAGUGUAAAACUUAGACUAAAUAAUCUUAAACUCCUUAAAUGUACCUGCCUAUAAAUUAGAAGAUUUAAUGUUAGGUUCAUCCUACUAUAAAUUUUUAAUUACAAUUUAAUUGUUGUUAAACUAUCCAACAUUAGAUUCUAAGAUUUAAAAGCAAACUAUUAAACACUUUAAUAGUAUUACAUAUAUUAGAAAUUGUUUAAUGGAGUCGUAGAUAUUUUUAUAUUUACAUAUUUACGACGAGAGUGAUAUUUCUAAGGCUUUGAUUGGAAUUGAAAGGACUGAUAUUAAUUAUGACUUAUUGUUGUCAUAAUAAACAGGAGAAUUCACUGAAUCUCCAUUUAAUUAAAAAGAUAUAACGAAGAUAUCAAAUUUAGAUUUCAAAUAAUUUUUAUAACAAUCCUUAUAAAUUAUUGAAAAAGAAGAUUAUUCAUAAACCAAAGGCUUUGAUUGGAUAAGGGUUCUUAAUUUGACCAAAAAGUUAGAAAAGUAAAUAGGAUCAUAAACUGAUUUGAAGUCGCUCUAUCCUCAGCGCAUUUGGAACAAUUAGAAUGUUGGUUAGUUAAAAUCUAUUUACCAAAAGUUUGAGGAAAUAAUAAAAUAUCAGUUUAAUAGUUUUGAAUUGUUAUUUUAGGCUUUGACUGAUGUUAGUUUCAAGAUGAUUAUAAAUAAUGAGGUUUAGUAAUAAUACAUGGAGAGGUUUUAAACCAAAGAAGAUUUUCAAGGGUAGAUGUCUGAAUCAGAACUUCAAGAUUAUAUCAAAUAAAUUGAUUAGAUGAACAGCAUCGCUCAAAGUAGCUAUUAGAACUCCCACUUAGCAAUUCUUGGAAAAUCAUUAUGGGAUUAUGCUAUAAUGAAGAUCCUAAAUGAGAUGAAUUUGGGUAUUUAUUAUCUUGACUAAUUAAUAGACAACACAAGUCUUGUGACUUUAUAUAAAAUUCUUAAGGGGAUCUCAUUUUUAACUUAUGCAGCCAUAAAAUUAAGAAUUCACUAAUAUUUAAAUAGCAGUUUCUAAAAAUAAUUGCAAAGUUUCGUAGAUUUAAAUGAAAAGAGCAAAGAUUAAUCGAUCACUUUUCAUAUUAGUUCUAUACCUUAUAAUGAGAAUUCUACUAUGUUAAGGAAUGCAUUUCUGGCUUUGGUUGGAGCAAUUUACAUUGAUAGUGACUUCGAAUUGCCGUAAGUUCUUGAGUGGAUUAAACUAUUAUUUAGUUAGAUUAAUGUGGUUGAAUUGUAUUAACCAAACUUUUUGCAAAGUAGAUAAAGGUAUCAAUUUUACUAAUGGUACUAAUAAAUAUCACAAUUAGGUAUCAAAAACAUAUUGGAAAUCCAUUCAACUUUGAUUUGAUCAAGAUCCCCCAUUAAGAUCAAAAGAAAAUUGGUUAAGGAAUAUUCUUAUACAUGCCAUAUGAUCAGAAGGAAGGCUAGAUAGUGAAUAUAAAAGGAGAGAAGUUUUAUGAGAUAGCUUAAUUACACAUUUACGCAAAAUGCAAGAGUCAGGCGUGGGAUAAGUUAUAUGAAUUAAUUGAACAUUGAAU